UCAAACUCCGGCCGCCAGUCGUCGUCAUGCGCCUCGGCUUUUAAAAGCGUCCCGGCUUCUGCUGCUGCAGCUGAAGAGGGGACAACUUGCUGUCGGUGACUCUUUUUUCUUAACAGAGUUUUGUGUCCAGCCGGUAGAGCUCUGAGCACGCGAACAGGAAGGAGGUGGAUAACCCACUUCUCCAGGUUUCGGCAUUGCGCCGCAUUCCAGUCCGGCGCGCAGCGCUCAGGAGUCGGACCCGGUGCGCUCCUUCUCCCCGCUCCUUCUGAAGACUCCCGGAUCUUUUCUGUUUGUGUUCAAAGCACCAAUAAUGCACAGAGAGACCCGCUUUCAUUUAAGAUAGAUACACUCGAACACAAACACACACAUCCCGUUUUUUUUCCUUCUGACUGGAUUUGGAUUAAAUCCUCUUUUUUUGUACGAUCAUGUGUGGAUGGUGGAUAUUUGUUGGCGCUCUGGCUGGGAUCCUCACCGUCCCCCGUGGGAUUCACGGAGCUUGUAGCUAUGAGGGAGCGCUGCAUGCGAACAACACGUCAUGGAGACCGCAGUCCUGUCAGGAGUGUACCUGCUAUGGUGAUGUGGCCAUCUGUGAGCCCACCCACUGUCCCAACCCCCACUGUGACCUGCAGAGGGGCGAGCAUUUGAGGAUCCCCACCAACAAGUGCUGUCCAGAGUGCGCCUCCUCAUCCCAGGGCUCCUGCCAGUACGAAGGAGUCACUUAUGCACAUGACAGUCAGUGGAGUCCCUCGCCUUGCUCAGUGUGUACUUGCUCCGGAGGGAGCGUAUCCUGCAGCACUCGACCCUGCCCGCAUCUCACCUGUCCCGAGGAUCAAAGCCUGUUCACCCCAGCCGGGGAGUGUUGCCCCAAGUGUGGCAGCAGUGGAGAGUCUUGCUCUUGGCAGGGGAUCGUUUACAGGGAUGGAGAGGAGUGGAAGCCCAGCCUCUGUUCCAGAUGUGUCUGCAGCAAUGGAGAGGUCCAGUGUUCAGUAGCAGAGUGUCAGCAAGUGGCCUGCAAACCGCAUGAGAACUUGGUGAUCCAGCCAGGAGAGUGCUGUCCCCAGUGUGUGUCCAACCCUUGUCUGUCAGCUGGAAAACAGUAUCAGCACGGUGAGCAGUGGCAGAAGAACACCUGCACCAUGUGCGUGUGUGACCGGGGUCAAUCUAAAUGCCACACUAAAACCUGCCCACCCAUAACCUGCGACAAGGGGCAGACCAAAGUGAAGCGUGCCGGGCAGUGCUGUGAUGAAUGCGCUGCUGCUAAGGGAAGCUGCCAGUACCAGGGUGCAGUGCGUUACCAUGGAGACAUGUGGAACAGCACCGGCUGCGAGUUCUGUACCUGCAGCCGGGGUCAGGUCCUCUGUCAGAGGGCCGAGUGUGGACGUGUCGAAUGCCCACAGGGAUCUGAGCUCGUUAACCUGCCGGCGAAAUGCUGCCCCGAGUGUUCGUCUGCGAAACCUUCCUGUGUGCACAAGGGAAAAUCCUACAAGAACCUUGCUCGAUGGAGUGAUGGCAGUUGUCGUGAGUGCGAAUGCCACGAUGCCCAGGUGACUUGUUAUCUGAGAUCCUGCCGUACCUGCCCUCUGGGCACCCUGGCUGUCAUUCAGGACGGCCAAUGUUGCCCCGAGUGUCACCAAGUCCAGUGCCACGCAGACUGCCUGUCGUGCUCGGGAACGCCUGAUCACUGUGACAGCUGCAGGGACCCACAGGCCUUACUUCAUCUCGGCCGCUGCCUGUCUGUCUGUCCAGUGGGCUUCUACGCCGAAGGACGAGUAUGUGCAGCCUGCCAAUCAUCAUGUGCCACCUGUUCCAGCAGGUGGGAUUGUCAGUCCUGCGGCUCCAGGCUGCCCCUGCUGAACCCCGAUAGGAGUCAGUGCCUGGCUUCCUGUCCACCUGGUUCCUAUCAGCACGACCCAACACACUGUCGCUACUGUCACGAGUCAUGCUCGGAGUGCCGUGGGCCGAGUCAGCAGGAGUGCGCGUCGUGCUCAGACCCGGCCGCCUUGCUGAAAGACGGGGCGUGCGUCCUUGACUGUGGCACAGGUUUCUACAGUCGAGAAGGCGUCUGCCACGCCUGUGAUUCGUCCUGUGCCUCCUGUUUUCCCGACAACCCCAAAUGUAUGAGCUGCCCACCAGGGACCGCUUUGCAUCAUGGGAAAUGUCUCAGCCAGUGUCCAGCUCAGCAUUACCUGGACAGCCAAAGCAGAUGCAGAGCCUGCCACAGCUCCUGUGCCUCCUGCUGGGGUCCCUCGGUAUCCCAGUGCACCUUGUGUCCAGGCGGACUGCUUCUCCACCAGGGCCAGUGUGUGGAGGCCUGUGGGGAGGGGCUGUAUGCUCAGGACUACACCUGCCACAACUGUCACCCCUCCUGCCGUUCUUGUGUGGGACCCCUGGCCUCAGACUGCCUCCGCUGCCUCAAACCGGAGGAAGCUCUUCUUCCGCAAUCGAGUCACCUUCAGCACAGCGUCUGCACAGCUGGGUGUCCCACGCGCAGCUUCCUGGAUGACAUGCAGACAUGCAGAGAGUGUCAUCCCUCCUGCUGGCAGUGUGCUGGGCCAUCUGCAGACAACUGUACGUCCUGUCCCUCCCCGUCCAGCCUGUACGAGGGCCGCUGUGUCCCCACAUGCCCACAAGGCUUCUUUAUUCAGGACAACCAAUGCCAAGCGUGCCAUCCCUCCUGCCAGACCUGCUCCGGUCCCUCCCAGGCCGACUGCAUCGCCUGCCCCCAGCUGGUGUCCCUGCAGAGUGGCCACUGCAGGGCAAACUGCCAAGAGGGGCAUUUCCUUAAUGCUAUCUCUGGAGAGUGCGUCAAGUGCAGCUCGGACUGCCAGCGUUGCACAGCAGACCUCCAGACGGGCGUCGGCAGCAUCUGUCUGUGGUGCAAAGUGCCAAGAAUGUGGCUGCUGGGCGAUCACUGUGUCUCUCGCUGUCCUCUGGGUCAUUAUGGCUGGCAUGGAGCCUGCAUCGAAUGCCAUCCAUCAUGCGAGGCCUGCAGUGGGGCUGGGCCGCUCUCUUGUACUUCCUGCCCUGCCAACAGCGUUCUCUUGCCAUCUGGACUCUGUGCCCCCAAAUGUCCCCUUGGAUACUAUAACAAUGGGCAAAGGAUCUGCCAGGCAUGCGACAGCCAGUGCCUGACGUGCGAGACGCCUGGGGUUUGUACGUCCUGCCGUGACCCGGCCAAGGUGCUGCUGUUCGGAGAAUGCCAGUACGACAGCUGCGCCCAUCAGUACUACCUCAACACCACGAGCCGCACCUGCAGAGAGUGUGACUGGAGCUGCAACGCCUGUAAAGGCCCCCUGAGAACUGACUGCCUGCAGUGCAUGGAGGGCUACGUGUUGCAGGAGGGAGUGUGCACGCAGGGGUGCUCCUUUGGCGCCUAUCAGGACGGAGACAGAUGCCUCGGCUGUGACGAUCACUGUUUGGACUGUCGAGGUCCUGGACAGUGCCAGGAAUGCCAGCCUCCCUACGCCACGCUGCACGGCCAGUGUGUGCUCGAAUGUGGCAGAAACUACUUCCUGGAUGCAUCUUCCAAAGCUUGCAAAUCUUGCUCGUCCGACUGCGUGCUCUGCGACGGGAUCGGACUCUGCAGAGCUUGUCGUAAUCAGACCUACCUCAUGGAAGGAUACUGCACUCCUGACUGUGGACAUGGAUACUACGCAGACCAGAAGACCAGGACCUGCUGUGACGAUCACUGUUUGGACUGUCGAGGUCCUGGACAGUGCCAGGAAUGCCAGCCUCCCUACGCCACGCUGCACGGCCAGUGUGUGCUCGAAUGUGGCAGAAACUACUUCCUGGAUGCAUCUUCCAAAGCUUGCAAAUCUUGCUCGUCCGACUGCGUGCUCUGCGACGGGAUCGGACUCUGCAGAGCUUGUCGUAAUCAGACCUACCUCAUGGAAGGAUACUGCACUCCUGACUGUGGACAUGGAUACUACGCAGACCAGAAGACCAGGACCUGUCAUGUGAACGCCCACACACCUGCCCUCCAUGUCAACGGGUCCCUGCUGGUUCCCUUUGAUGGUUUUGCCCCGCUGCUCCCCACCCUGCUGCAGGUGAAAGAUCCAGACAGUCCGUCUGAGCAGCUGAUCUUCCAGCUUGUUCAGAAGCCGAGUAACGGACGGCUGGUCCUGUUCAGAGGGGAAGAAGGCGAAGAGACGGGAGGCCAAGAAAUAAAGAAGGACGACACGUUCACGUGGGCAGAGCUGAGGCACGGACGGGUCCGAUUCCAAUACCAGAGAGACAAAGACAGGAACGGUGAGUUCACCGUGCGUGUUGCUGAUCCCCAGCUGUUUUCCCAACCAAAAACAAUUCAAGUCCGAGCCGUGUCCAUGCAGCCUGGAGACUCUCCUCACAUGCUGUCCAUCCCAGUGACCUGGGUGAAAGAGGGAGGCAUGGUGCGCCUCGAUAAAAAGUACCUGCAGACAGACUUCAAAGGAGUCAGCACUGAUAACAUUGUCUACAGCAUCCUCCCCUCAGAGGGCCAACCCAAAUAUGGUGAGGUGUUGCUGGUGUCCAUGCCGGCUGACGGCCCCCCAGAGGGUUGGCUUCCCUCGCUAACAGACGACCGUAGCUUUACAGCAACGACUUCCUUCACGCAGCAAGACGUGAACGACGGUGCGGUCUGGUACCGCCACUUUGGCACCGGCAGCAGCGGGGACUCCUUCCUUUUCCAGGUUUCCUCAGAGGCAGAACCAGUUGUUCAGAGCGAUGCUCAGACCUUCACCAUAGGAGUCAUGCCUCAGAUCCCAGGAUUCCCACAGCUGGCCCCCGACUGCGACCUACAGAUCACGGCUCUGGAGGAUCAGGUGACAGAGAUAACACCUUCAGCGCUGUCCUUCGUCGACUCUGAGACUCCCAGCGAGAAGCUCAUCUACAGUAUCACCAAACCUCUACCAUCGGGACAAGGGACCAUCGAGCAUCGGGACAGGCCAUACACACACGUGCAACAUUUCACUCAGGCUGAUGUGAGUAACGGCAAGAUCAUCUACAGACCACCGCAGGCUCCAUCACACCUCCAGGAGCUCUACCAGUACUCCUUCACCGGUCUGCCGGAGUCGCUGAGCGUUUAUUUCACAGUGUCGGAUGGCGAGCACACCACGCCCGAGCUGGACUUUGCUGUCCUGCUGCUGACAAACCACCAGCAGCCGCCGGUGUUUCAGGUUCUGGACCCGCUGCUGGAGGUCAGCGUCAGAGGACAAGCUGCCAUCGGCGGUCAGCAGCUGGCCGUGAGCGACGUUGACACGGCUCCAGAUGAGCUGGAGUUCGAGGUGGUAGAAGCUCCCGUCCACGGAGAGCUGAUAAAGACUGACGGCAACACAAAGAUUCGCAUGACUAAUGGUGACACCUUCACUUUCAGCGACGUCACCCGCAAUGUCCUGCUCUACCACCACUCCGGGCUCUCCACCCAAGAUGAUGCCAUCACCUUCUCAGUUAGCGACGGUAUCUCCAUGGCUGCCACAGUAGUGCAGGUGGUGGUUUUAGGCGCUGGAGGCAGCGGGCCACAGCAGGACCCCAUCGCCACGCUCUCGCUGGAAGUGGGCGAGAAAAGCAGCACCGUCAUCAGACGCUCACACCUGGCGUACACGGAUGACUCAUCUCCAGAUGACCAGAUUCGACUCCAGCUGGUGUCGGUGCCAAUGUACGGCAUCCUGACCAGGAGCCAGUCCCAGCAGGAGCACCAGGAGCUGAGGGAGUACUCCACCUUCACAAUGGAGGACAUCAAUAAGCACAGGAUCAGGUACAUCACUUCAAUAGAGACAGGAAGUCAGCCAGUGACUGAUAUCUUCCACUUUGUUGUUUAUGAUGGAGACAACAAUCGCCUUGACACCCAGAUAUGCACCAUCACCAUCACCUCCGCACCAAGACAGCCGCCACUGGUCACUGUCCGCAGCAGCAUCAAGGUCGAGGAAGGCGGUCGUGUACAGCUGUCUACCAAUGACAUCACAGUGUCACAUGUGGACACGCCCCCGAAGGACCUGCUGAUUUGGCUCGUCAGCCCUCCUAAAUAUGGUUUUCUUGAGAACACCAGGAGAGGAAGCUCUGUUGGCGGCUCACACGUCGUCACCCCUGACGUGCCUUUCUCUGUGGAGGACCUUACAUCUGGCCAUAUCUCUUACGUCCAGGAGAGCCAGCUUACACCUCAAACCAAGCAGGACAUCUUCAGCGUCUACAUCAGCGACGGGCUCAGUCAGACGGAAGCUUUCAGUGUGGAAAUUGACAUCCAGCAGAGUAAAGAGGACAAAGAGCCGGUGGUGUCCGUCAGCAGCAUCCAUAUAGAGGAAAACUCUGGAGUUGUCAUCACCAACUCGUCUCUCAGCGUCCUCGAUCAGGACACACCAGAGAACGAGAUCCUCUUCACUAUUAUCAGAAUUCCCAGCUAUGGCAAGCUCCGCAGGCGGCAGUUCUACUCCCAGCCACUGGAGAACGGUCGCGUCCUAACGCAGGGCUCCACCUUCACCUAUCAGGAUGUGGUGGAUCAGCUGCUGGUUUACACGCCUGAAACUGUCAGCGGGGGAGCAGACGAGAUGGCCUUCACCCUCACCGAUGGCAUUUACACCCACACGGGCCGCCUGGAGUUCACGAUGGACGUCACGAGGAGCGAGGGACCUCGAAUGACCGUCAACAGGGGACUGCAGCUUCCAGCAGGGUCAUCAUCUAAGAUCACAGAGCAGAAUCUGAAAGGUACUGACAUCGACUCAGACCACCUGAAGCUCCGGUACAUCUUGACCAAAGACCCCCCAGUCGGCAAGCUGCAGCUCAACAGGAGCAGCCGAGCGGAGACAGUUUCUGUGAGAGGUCCCAUUCAGAGCUUCACUCAGGAGGACGUCAACAAAGGCCUGCUGCAGUACAGCCACGAGAAGGGGGAGAAAGGAGGAAGCCUGUCGUUCAAGUUCAACCUGCUCGAUCCGGAGGGCAACAAACUGAUCGACCAGUCCUUCUUCAUCAGUGUGCUCGAGGACCAUCUCCCUCCAUCUGUAGUGGUAAACAAAGGCCUGGUGCUUGAUGAAAACUCAGUGAAGAAGCUGACCACGCUGCAGCUGUCAGCCAGCGACCAGGACAGCGAGCCGGGCGAGCUCAUCUACCGUGUCACCAAACAGACCAGCCUGGGGCACCUCGAGCAUGCUGCCAGUCCAGGCACCAGGAUCAGCACCUUCACACAGGCUGACCUGGCAUCACGCAGCAUCCAGUACGUCCACACCAGUGAAGAAGAGAAACACGCUGACCAGUUCUCCUUCACUGUGUCCGACGGGACAAAUGAGGUCGCCCAGACUUUCUACAUCACCAUCAAGCCUGUGGACGACUCCCUGCCUCUUCUUCAGGUCCCUGGCAUGAGGGUGCAGGAGGGUGUAAGAAAGACCAUCACUGAGUUUGAGCUGAAAGCCACCGAUGCGGACACAGAGGCGGAGUCCGUCGUCUUCAGCGUCGUCCAGGCUCCUCGACAUGGCACCAUCGAGCGCACCAUCAACGGCCAACACUACCGACAGACCAGCAGCUUCACCAUGGACGACAUCUACCAGAACCGCAUCAGCUACAACCACGACGGCUCCAACUCGCUCAAAGACCGCUUCACCUUCACCGUGACCGACAGCACCAACCUGCUCUUCAUGGUGGAGGACGACGGAAAAGAGAUAGUGACAGCCGCUCCCCAGAAGUUCAAGAUAGAUAUCCUGCCAGUUGAUGAUGGAACGCCAUUAAUUUUCACCAACCUGGGACUGCAGUGGCUGGAGUACAUGGAUAACAAGGCCACCAAUCUGAUCACCAAGAAGGAGCUGCUGACCAUGGACCCGGACACAGAUGAUGGACAGCUGGUUUAUGAAAUCACCACAGAGCCAAAGCACGGCUUCCUGGAGAGCAAGCUGAAACCUGGGAACCCCAUUACCACAUUCACACAAGCCGAUAUCAAUCUGGGUCUGAUCCGGUACGUGCUUCAUCAGGAGAACGUCCAGGAAACCAUGGACAACUUCAAGUUUCUGGUCAAAGACAGCAAACCAAAUGUGGUCAGUGACAACGUCUUCCACAUCCAGUGGUCCCUCAUCAGCUUUGAGCACAAAAGCUACAAUGUGAGUGAGAAGGCCGGCACAGUGGCGGUGACCGUGAAGCGAACCGGUAAUCUCAACCAGUAUGCCAUCGUGCUCUGCCGCACUGAACAGGGCAGCGCCACCUCCACGAGCAGCGUCGGAUCCAGACCUGGACAGCAAGACUACGUGGAAUAUGCUGGGCAGGUGCAGUUUGAUGAGCGUGAGGACACAAAGGUGUGCACUAUAGUCAUUAACGACGACAAGGUGUUUGAGGGGAUCGAGAGCUUCCAUGUGGAGCUCAGCAUGCCCGUGUACGCGCUGCUGGGUGGAAACACGCGCGCUGUCGUCAACAUCAACGACACAGAAGACGAACCCACUUUGCAGUUUGACAAGAAGAUUUACCACGUCAACGAAAGCUCAGGCUUAAUCCAUGCUCCCAUUGAAAGGAAAGGUGAUACCUCCAGCACAGUCUCUGCUCUCUGCUACACCGUAGCCAAGUCAGCACAGGGCAGCAGCCUCCACGCUCUGGAGUCCGGCUCUGACUACAAGAGCCGCGGCAUGACCACCGACAACCGAGUGAUCUUCGGUCCUGGAGUCAGCAUGUCCACCUGUGACGUUAAGCUCAUCGAUGACAGCGAGUAUGAACUGUCCGAGGAGUUCGAGCUGGUGCUUUCAGACACCUCCGAUAACGCACGCAUGGGCGACGUGUCGGUGGCCAAGGUCAUUAUUGAUGGACCCAACGAUGCAUCGACUGUUUCUCUUGGAAACGCCACGUUUACUUUCAGCGAAGAUGCUGGCACAAUUGAAAUACCAGUGCUGCGUCAUGGCAGCGACCUGUCCUCGCUGACCUCUGUGUGGUGCGCCACCCGACCUUCAGACCCUCCGUCAGCCAGCCCCGGGGUCGACUACAUUCCCAGCUCCAAGAAAGUGGAAUUCAAACCUGGAAAAACUGACGAGACGUGCAGUUUAACCAUCAUGGAUGACAUCCAGAACCCGUCCAUCGAGGGGUCUGAGUCCUUCGUGGUGUUCCUCAGUUCUCCUCAGGGUGCUGUCCUCCAAGAGCCCUAUGAAGCCAACGUCAUCAUCACGGACACGUUCCAGGACAUUCCUAACAUGCAGUUUGAGAAGAGCUCCUACACCGUGAAGGAGAAGGAUAACCUUCUCCACAUCCCCAUCAUCCGGACCGGCGACCUCUCCUUCAAGUCAUCGGUGCGCUGUUUCACCCGGACCAUGUCCGCCAUGGUGAUGGACGACUUUGAGGAGAGAAGGAAUGCAGAUGAGUCGCGCAUCACUUUCCUCAAAGGAGAGAAGGUGAAAAACUGCACAGUUCACAUCACUGACGACUCAGUUCAGACUUCUCCCGUUCCUCCAGCUCCCACCAUUGAGUUCGAGCAGGCGUCCUAUCAGGUGAGAGAGCCUCCCGGUCCAGAUGGCAUCGAAGUGCUCAACAUCAAAGUGAUCCGCCGAGGAGAUCUGGACCGAACGUCCAAGAUCCGUUGCAGCACCCGGGAUGGAUCGGCCCAAUCUGGAGUCGACUACAAUCCCAAGAGUCGAGUGCUUAAAUUCACCCCGGGCAUGGACCACAUCCUCUUUAAAGUGGAGAUUUUGUCCAAUGAGGACAGAGAGUGGCAUGAGUCCUUCUCAUUGGUCCUUGGGCCUGAUGACCCAGUGGAGGCGGUGCUUGGGGAGAUCACAAUGGCCACAGUGACCAUUCUGGAUCAGGAGGCGGCAGGAAGUCUCAUCCUACCUGCCACGCCUAUUGUGGUCUCUCUCGCUGACUACGAUCAUGUCCAGGAGGUGAUCAAAGAGGGCAGCAAGAAGACUCCCUCUCCAGGUUACCCUCUGGUGUGUGUCACCCCCUGUGACCCUCACUACCCCAAGUACUCUGUGAUGAAGGAGCGCUGUGAGGAGGCGGGAAUCAACCAGACCCAAGUUCACUUCUCAUGGGAAGUGGCGGCUCCCACUGACACCAGCGGCGCCCGAUCCCCCUUUGAGACGGUCACAGAUACAACCCCGUAUACUAGCGUCAACCAUAUGGUUCUGGACAGCAUUUAUUUCAGCCGGCGCUUCCACGUUCGCUGUGUGGCUCAGGCCAGAGACAAAGCUGGACACCUGGGAACACCGCUGAGGAGCAACAUCGCCACCAUCGGCACAGAGGGCUCCAUCUGCCACACACCCGUCACCACGGGCACCGCCAGAGGCUUCCAGGCUCAAUCCUUCAUCGCCACACUCAAAUACUUAGACGUCAAGCACAAAGAGCACCCCAACCGGAUCCACAUUUCAGUCCAGAUCCCCCAUCAGGAUGGCAUGCUCCCCCUGGUUUCCACCAUGCCGCUGCACAACCUUCACUUCCUGCUGUCAGAGUCGAUCUACAGGCAGCAGCACGUCUGCUCCAACCUGGUCACCCUCAAAGACCUUCAGGGGAUUGCCGAGUCGGGCUUCCUCGAUGAUGUAUCGUAUGACAGCAUCUCUUUGGGGCCCGGCUACGACCGCCCCUACCAGUUCAACCCCAACGUCCGCGAGGGCAAGAGCCUCCAGUUCUAUAAGCACCUCAACCUCAAGAGCUGCAUCUGGACCUUCGAUGCCUACUACGACAUGACAGAACUCAUCGACGUGUGCGGGGGCUCAGUCACCGCGGACUUCCAGGUUCGGGACUCUGCUCAGUCCUUCCUGACGGUGCAGGUUCCUCUCUAUGUCUCCUACAUCUACGUCACAGCCCCGAGAGGCUGGGCGUCUCUUGAGCAUCACACCGAGAUGGAGUUCUCUUUCUUCUAUGACACGGUGCUCUGGAGGACAGGUAUCCAGACUGACAGCGUCCUCUCAGCCAGACUGCAGAUCAUCAGGAUCUAUAUCAGGGAAGACGGUCGGCUGGUAAUUGAGUUUAAAACUCACGCCAAAUUCAGAGGUCAGUUUGUGCUCGAGCACCACACCCUGCCGGGCCACAAGUCCCGCCUCAUGGCCCCCGACCACCUCGGAGGCAUCGAGUUUGACAUCCAGCUGCUGUGGAGCGCUCAAACCUUUGACUCACCGUACCAGCUGUGGAGGGCUACCAGCUCCUACAGCAGGAAGGACUAUUCUGGAGAGUACACAGUCUUCUUGGUCCCCUGCACUGUUCAGCCAACUCAGCCGUGGAUCGAUCCCGGCGACAAACAGCUGUCCUGCACAGCUCACGCUCCAGAGAAGUUUCUGGUGCCGAUUGCCUUCCAACAAACCAACAGGCCUGUUCCUGUGGUUUACUCGCUCAACACGGAGUUCCAGCUGUGCAACAAUGAGAAGGUGUUCAUGAUGGAGCCGGCUACUGCUGAUGUGUCGAUGGCUGAGAUGGACUACAAAGGAGCGUUCUCCAUGGGUCAGACUCUGUACGGCAGGGUUUUGUGGAACCCUGAGCAGAACCUGAACGCAGCCUACAAACUGCAGCUGGAGAAGGUUUACCUGUGCACCGGCAGGGACGGAUAUGUUCCCUUCUUCGACCCCACGGGGACUCUGUACAACGAGGGGCCGCAGUACGGCUGCAUUCAACCCAACAAACACCUCAAACAUCGCUUCCUGCUGCUGGAUCGUAAACAGCCCGAUGUCUGUGACAGAUUUUUCCACGACGUUCCUUUCGAGGCUCACUUUGCCUCAGACAUCCCAGAGCUGCAGUCCAUGACGGCCAUGCCAGGUGUUGACGGCUUCACGAUGAAGGUUGAUGCGCUCUAUAAGGUGGAGGCGGGGCACCAGUGGUACCUGCAGGUAAUUUAUGUGAUCAGCCCCGAGUCGCGGUCCAACCCCAGGAUUCAGCGCUCUGUGACGUAUCAGCUCAGCCGUUCUAAACGUGACCUGGUGGAUCGCAGCGGCCGGCUGACGCUCGACGAGUCGCUCAUCUACGACAACGAAGGAGAUCAAAUAAAGAACGGCACCAACAUGAAGUCGCUCUACCUGGAAGCCGGGCCCUCCCCCACCUUUAACGCCCACGUGGGCAGCUCCGUGGGGGGAGGUGUGGCCGCCAUCACCCUGCUGGUCCUGGUCCUGCUGGCCUCCUGCUUCCUGUUCCGCCGCUGCCGACGGUUGGCCAAGAAGAAGAGCAAGAAGAAGGAACCAAAAAUCUACGAGGAGUAUCCGCUCAACACCAAAGUGGAGGUGUGCAUGGACAAGUGUGUGGAGAAGAACUUCGGCACCAAGCACUGCACGGUGAGAAACAUCAACGUCCUGAACCGCAACCAGGAGGCCAACAGCAAGGCCAAGGUCAAACAGGUCAACCUGGAGGUCAAACUCCACAACAACCUCAACGACGGCACUGAGGUCUGAAACGCGUGACGAGGAAGGCGAGGAAAAGGUGAAAGUGGAAUUUUAAAAAAAGGUAUUUUCUAAAAGAAAGUUUGUACUUAUUGGAACGAGAGGUUAAUGUAUUUUUAUACCACGUUGAAAAAGGGAAGAGUGUGACGCGCAGGCGACUGGGCUACCUCAGGAAUCCAUAAAACACACAGCUGUGUGAAACAGCCAAAACAUCUGCAUCAGAUCAGCCAAACUUCACCUCAAACUGUGUUCAUUUCAUUACUGUGUUACUUGACAUUUGCAGCCUUUUUAGCACCAAAAUGGUGAACCGUAGCUCAGACACUGGUGAUUGUUUUUGUAAGAAAACAAAAAAACAUUAAAAAACUCUUUCUGCUGCA